AUGUCACUCGAGGUAAUCUACGUGACUCGACAUGGCCGGGACCCGGCUGACCUCGCUGCAACGAUCCUGCAGUUCAGGUCCAAUUGGCUUGUGGACGGUUCCGGGAACUACUCGUCCUACCUCAAGUCACCAACCGGCAUCGCCACGGACCCAGCCUUGACAUCACAUGGCGUUGAGCAGGCCCAUGAGCUGGCUGCCCAUCUGAUGAGCGUCGAACCGCCUGUCGAGCGGGUAUACUCCAGUCCAUACUACCGCUGUCUACAGACGGUCGAGCCCUUCGUCGGGUUAUGGGCACAGUCUGCCAGUUCUGAUGCUGCGACGAAGCCCGCCAUUCUAGGCGAGGCCGGCCUAGCUGAGUGGUAUGGCUCUGCAUCGUUCGAGCACCCCACCUCUGCUAGCCGUGACAGACUUGCGGAGCUGUUCCCGGCCUUUGAUCGAUCCUACGAACCGGCUGUGGCACCCUCGAGGACGGGCGAGUCCAUUGCCCAGCUACACGACCGUGUUGCUUUGACCAUGGACGCACUCAUCAAGCAAUGUGACGAGGCAGGCGUGCGGGCUGUCCUGCUCUGCUCGCACGCGGCAACUGUCAUUGCUCUGGGCCGAGUCCUCACCGGGAGCAUGCCGGAAGACGUUGAGGUCGAGGACUUCCGGGCCUUUACCUGUGGCUUAUCUGUGUUCAGGAGACGUCCAGAUGCAACAGCCAACGCCACGAGCAAAGUCUCUACCAUGCCUCCUGUCGGCACGCUUGGAACUGUUCACACACCAGCUCCGCAAACUACUGCAAGCCCUGAUGAUUGUAGUAACUUCCUGGCCGAUCCUUCUCCAGCAAUCGUGGAUUGGAAGGACGGGAAAGGAGUCGGGGGCGGGUGGCUUUGCGAAGUGAAUGGCGACUGCAGCUUUCUCUCGGGAGGCGCUUUUCUGGAGAUGAAUCUUUCACCAGCACUAGCCAGAAAGAUGCAGGAGUGGAACUGGGGGUCGUUGUCGAGGGGCAAAGACGGGACCCAAGAUUGUGAAGACAAGCCGUGUCUGAAAGCCGUCACCAGGCACUCUGGCGUGUCUGGCAGGCAGCUCCAGGACAGACUUGCUUCUUCUCGUUACAGGAGCAUACGCACAGGCACAGGGCGCAUCAUUCGACAUUUCACUAGUCCCAUGCAAAUGCUGAGACACGUCUUUGGGCCUGGUCUGGAGACCACUGCACGCUGUGUCGGUCCCGGUGUUUGGGCCGGCGUCGAGAGAUGA